AUGAGCACUAUACACGAAGGAGAUAAAUCUUUAUUGGAGCACCUCGACAUCAGACAGAUCAACUGCCUCAAUGAAUCGGAGGACCAUCCAUUGAUAUCUAUCCUUUCCAGUAAAUCUAAGAACACGGGCGGGUCAUAUCUCUUGAGUGAUGCCGAUGAGCAGCUCCUGCUGAAUAUUCCGUUCAAUCAAACGAUAAAGAUUCGUUCACUUGUGAUCCAAUCUAGUAACCCAGCGCAGGCCCCGAAACUCGUCAAGAUAUUCAUCAAUCGGCCAGCAUUGGGAUUUGAAGAUGUAGAAGAUGCGGACGAAUCGGCUGCUGCCCAGAUCAUCGAGUUGACGGAGGAAGACACGACCAACGGUAACCCUCUCGUGUUGAGAUUUGUCCGGUUUCAAACUGUAAACAGUUUGCACAUUUUCGUGAGUUCAAACCAAGGGGGCGAAGAUGAAACUAGAAUAGAUGCCAUCGAUGUCCUCGGCGUGCCCAUCGAGACUACCAAGAAUUUGAACGAGCUGAAGAAACAAGAAGAAAACUGA